UCGGAAUGCUCUGCUUCGAGCUUCUAACGGGGAAAGUUCCGUUCGAAGAUGGCCAUUUACAAGGCGAGAAAAUGGCUCGAAACAUACGAGCUGGCGAGAGGCCUCUUUUUUCGUACCCUUCUCCGAAAUACUUGACAAAUCUCACGAAAAAAUGCUGGCAAACGAACCCUAAUUUACGACCGAGUUUUUCCUCUAUAUGUAGGGUUUUACGGUACAUCAAGAAAAUCCUCGUCAUAAAUCCGGACCACGGCCACCCUGACUCUCCGCCGCCACUAGUGGACUACUGCGACAUGGAGGCAGGGUACUUGAAGAAGUUUCCGGAAAAGGGGGGCGCGGGGGUUUUGGCCCCCCCGGUUCUGCAGAUCCCGUUUCAGAUGUUCACGUACAAGAUAGUGGAGAAGGAGAAAUUCUACUCCAAGAAAUGGGAGAUUCAUAGGCCAGCUUCGAUGUUUGACCAAGAUCAUAAUAUGGACGAUUUCUUGCUUGCGCCGAGCGAUCGGAGGUCCGUUUGUUCGGAGAUUAUCGACACCAAGAAUUCCGGCAUUGCUGUGGAUAUGAGGUCCGUUAUUUCCGAGAUUCCGCAACGGAAAAUGCACCCGUUGGAUCAGAGCUCGUUUGGUUUGGAGAGUCCUAGGAGGAAACUUUCGAGUAAAUCGUUUAAUCUGGAGAGGAGAACCGACCAGAAUUUCACUAGUCGGGAGCUGAGAGAGGUUCUUGAUAAAGCGAUUAUAGCAUCCAAAGUAGCGGAAUCUUCUCAGUUAGUGACGAAAGUGACGGAGCAUAAAGCGGAGAGUACCGAGAUUCUUGAAAAGAAACAGUCUUUGAGACCAAUAGUUGACCAAAAAACGAAAUCUUUGGAGGGGGAAAUGAUACUGCGGCCCACGAGAAAUCGGAAAUUAAGCGAGAUUCCGGAGAAGAUAGUGAAGAAUGGAGAAUCUAUAAAGAACACCGUUGAAAAACCGAGGAAAAAACUGGCAAGACAACUGUGAUCAUUAAACAGAUGAAAGAUGUAAUAAAGACCAAGAAAAUUGAAGAAACCCGAAACAGGAAAACGAGGUCCGUUUUCUCCGCAGCUUCAUCUCCAGCGAGAGCUUUCGGCCAAUCAGAAGCACCGAAAAACGAGCCGAUCAGAAUGAAGAAGAAAACUAUGUCCGUUUCUUCGCCAGCUUCUUCUCCGUCUAGGGUUUUCAGAAAGUGCAGCCAAUCAGAAGCAUCACCGAAAGACGAGUCGCCGUCAAGAAUGAUGAUGAAGAAGAAAAGUGCACCCGUUUCUUCGCCAGCUUCUUCGCCUUCCCGAACUUUCGCCACGUGCGCUUCUCCUUCGCCGAGACAAGUGUCGGCCUGUCAUUCGUCGAUGGAGAAUAAUUCUUCUUCGUCGCCACUGGACCCGUUCGGGCGGUGCUCGAGACUCGGUAGACAGACCUCACUUCCGGACGUGACUGUGGGCCCACAAAGACCUCAUCUAGAUCGUGUUUCGUCUCAUGUAGCAUAGUUUUUUUUUUGUCUGAACUACACAAAUGUAAUAUGUUUUAAGGAAGAAAGAAAGAAAAAAGGCAAUGCAGUUUAAUCCGGUUUAGGGGGAGUGUUAGAAAAGCCAUGAUUUGUUCAUAUUUUGAGUAUAUUCCUUUUUAAUUUUUUAAUUUAUUAUUUUUUUUU